CAACAACUUCCUCCCCGAGCAGUUUCGAGAAGCUCAAGCAACUGGGCCGCUGCAUACAAAGGAAUCCUCUACCGCGAGACUUGGAAGACUCCAUCCUAGUGCAUUCUGCUGCAGAAACCGAACCAAAUCGAGUCGAGAAGGAUUUCUGGAAGAAUCAACUGUUGAUUGACCGGUCCGGCGGUCGCUUCGAGAAAUGGCUGCAUCGACACCCCCUCUUGCAAUCGGUAUGAUCGUCUUGAUCGCCUUGUAUGCUGAGCACUUCCGCAAUAGAGCGAACACCAAUACAACAUCAAUUGAUUGUGAUAACAGCUUGUAUCAAAGCGUAACCCGGACCAACACAGCGUCUCUACUAUUGAUCAAUGUGUGCGCAACAAUUAUCUUGGGCGUGAGCGAUACGUAUUAGCAGUUGGUUACGUCCGUGACAAUCACGGGGCCCAAACAUGUGCUUUCUAAAUUCGGCGAAUCUAGGGGUGGGAUAGAUCCACCAUUUAGCAUCAACCAGAAACGAGGAAAAAGGAAGCGUUCUUGGGCAACGUGGCUAUUUCUUGUUCUGGUGUCUAUUCCGGUGCAUUUCCUCAGUAGCUGCUCUUGUAAUACUGAAAAGCAGACACUUACCAAAGGAUGCAGCGAAUUCAUUGAUUGACCCGUCUUUGGUCCAGAGUCUCCCA